AUGGCCGGGAGGUCUCUGAAGGAAGUGUUUAGAGGAAAGGAAAAUGACAGGAGUGGGCAUGGUAGGGAGCAUGAACCCCAUAGGAGUAGUGAUAUCCCUUGCAAAUUUUUUACUGCAGGAAAUUGCCAUAAAGGGACGUUUUGCAGAUUUUCUCAUCAUGGCCAGACUGUCAAUCCCUAUGACAGGUCAAGGGAUGAUUGGAGGAAGAGGAGCAAGAAUUUAGAUACAGUGGAACAACCAGAAGAACAUCUAAGGUGGAGCGACACGACUGUGCCGGAUAAUGCAAAGUUGCUCGAGUGGAAUGAGGAUGGAAAUGGAAAUGUUGGUGCUCAUGAACAAGGAUUUCCUGCAUAUUCUAGGGAUGAUAGAUGGGUACGUAGUUUUAACAUUGAGAACAGAUCAUAUGGUCACCCAAUAAACAAUGGUGAAGCAGUAGAUGGCAAUGAUAGGAGGUAUCUCCAGCCAAAGGCAGAAACUGCUACUGCUGGAACAAGUGGCUUUGAAUCAAAUGGUGCUGAAAAUUGGUAUAGUGAUAUGGAGGUUUCUUUCUCAUGGAAUUAUGGGCAAUCUUCUGGCCAUGUUGUUAAAGAAGAGAGUUGUCACAUUAGUCAGACCUCACAUUGUCUAUCUCUUAAGGAAAGAUCUUCACGCUCAUAUGAACAGGUUAUGACCGGGGAGAUGUUAGGUCAGAAGCAUCAAGAUCCUGCAGCUAUGCUACCGCUGAUAUCUGAAAAUGUUUGUUUCUAUUCAAAGCCCAGUUCAAGGGAGGAGGAUGCUGGUUAUGCGUUUUCUCUUGAGCUUAGAAAAGAAACUAGUGAUUGUGCCAUGUCAAGCAUUGAUCAAAAAUUUUCUGCAGAUGUUCUGCCAGGACAAAGUGUGGAUCAGAAUGACCGUAGUUCUAGUGCAGUUAUUGACCCUCUCUCAUGGUUUAGUGCAGUUGGACAGAUUCAACAGACUUUCUCUCUGCAUGCUCCAAGAGGAGAAAGUAUUACCAAUGUGCAAACUCAACCACUGUUCCAGGAGGACAAAUCACUUAGCAAACCUAAUGCUGGAGAGGGAAACCGACCUGAACUUAGUUCUGAAAUCCCUCCAGCACAAAACAUAGUAAACAGGCAGCAGCCUUCACAAUUUAUUAAUUUUUUAGCUUUGUCUCAGUUAUAUGGAGACAUGAAGCAAUGUUCUCAUCUAGGUGUAGUUCCCAAUCCCACAAAAUUAAUUGGAUUUGUGUCUUCAUCCCUUUCCAAUUCUGCAGGACCUGUUCGUCCGAUUGCUGCAGCAUCCAGCAAUCCAAAUCUAGUCAUUAGAUCUGAGACACAGUAUAAUCCUCUUAGUGAUAACAUUGUGUUGAUUAAAAAUCAUACUGAUAAUCCACUCGCAGGAUUGUUACCAAAUCCUGUUGAAGGAAUUGUGGGUGAGAAACAAGAAGUACCUUCAAGAGACUUAUUCAGUUCUCUUACUGGCGGACCAAGUGGUGGUGAUCAAUAUAAGGUUGGUAAAUCGGAGGUUGAAUUAGAUCGAGAGUGUCACCAAUUGGAUCAGCUAAAUCCAGUCGCUAAUUGUGAUGGUGAAGGAAACAAUGAAAUGACAGCUGAGGAAAGCAAGAAAGCACAGGGAAAUGGACCAUUGGAGAAGAUGAAUAAAGAUGGUAGGGCUGAUGAGGUCAAGAAAAAUAAUGAUUCAAAGGGCAUCUGGGUAUUUAAAUUUGCGCUCGUGGGGUUUGUUAAGGAGAUGCUGAAACCAAAGUGGAAGGAAGGUCAAAUCAGCAAAGAGUCUCACAAGACAAUAUUGAAGAAAGUGGUUAAUAAUGUUAUUGGAAGCAUCCAAGGGGCUUAUAUUCCGGAUUCACAAGAGAAAAUUGACAAUUAUCUCUCAUCUUCAAAACAAAAGCUCACCCAACUUGUAGAGGUACGAAGUCCAAGACUGAAAGAUUCGGUGGAGGUUGUGUCUCUCAAACCAUUCCACAUCUGCAUGGUAGAAGAAUUCACAAAAGAGUUCAAUGUUGAAAGAGGUAAUGGAGCUUACAGGGACUUCAUUAAGGACUUGCGUGUUGAAUUGGGAGAGACAUUUUCACACAAUAUUCCUGUACUUCCCACUCAGCAGGAUCCAUCCACUUGA